GUUCUUUGAGCUACUAUGAUAUGAAACCGCAGAACCAGAGGCCGCCCCUGCCCAUGGUUCAUCGCUGUUGUUGUUGUUGUUAGUGCUGCGGUACCUACCGGCGUCUUCCCUUCACGAAAACACCUCUCUCCUCUGCUUCCGGCGCGACCAUGGAGUAUCGUCAGAACAACACCCCACCCCUACUUGCCUUAUCUUGUGCGUUAUUUUCUAUGUAUCCGCCGCGGAUUUAAGCAUUUAUGUCGUGUAUACACAUAGUACGUAUAUACUUUCCUUUUCCGAAACUGAAACCCUAGCUCGAAGCCAUUGCAUCACUUUCCAAGUCCUUUUCCCCUCGACUUGCUUUGAACUUGAAGCUCUGGCUAUUGUUUCAUCGCAAUAAGCUCUCAAGAUUCGACUGACAAUAGUUCCGAAUUGGGAUAAGCAAGGUGGAGAUGGAGAAUAGCAAAGCACAAGAGCAGGCAAUUUCGGUUGAUGGACAGGUUUUGGAGAGCAACCUUGUUGAUGCGAAAGUUGAACGGCAUCGAGAAGACUUGCCUGCUGCAGCAGUCACACAGGACCAAAACCCUGGUGAAACAAGCUUGGAAGACAAAAAACCUAGCGAUAAAGUGACUGAAGGUCAAAACCCUAAUGAAAAUGGUGUGGAGGACCAAGAACUUGGCGAUGAUAAGCAAUUGCCCAUUGAAUUGCCUGUGAAGGAUGCUCACCAGAUUGAGAAAGAAGGAUUGAUAAUUGUGCCAGCUGAGCCAUUCCAUAACACAGCUGCUGCUACUAAUGUUGCUGAAGUUGAUGUGGGCCUUGACAAGGUGCCAGAACAUAAAGAUGCAGAUCCUAAUGCUCGUCCUGCAAAUCAGUAUGAACCUGUCACACCCAAUUCCCUUGUGAAAUGUUCAAAUGCAAUAACUGGAUAUGACAGUAAAGAAACAUCCAAGAAUUGGUUGAUUGAAUCGAACUUAAAGAUGACAGAGGAUGAUGAGUCUGGAACACCGGAGGACCAAGCAGCAUUCCUGAAGGAGCUGGAAAGUUUCUAUAGAGAAAGGUCCAUGGAAUUCAAACCCCCUAGGUUUUAUGGGCAUCCACUAAAUUGCCUCAAAUUAUGGAGAGCUGUCAUUUGUUUGGGUGGCUACGACAGGGUAACUGGAUCCAAGUUAUGGCGGCAAGUGGGAGAGUCGUUCCACCCUCCGAAGACCUGCACAACAGUUUCUUGGACAUUUCGCAUUUUCUAUGAGAAGGCACUUUUGGAAUAUGAAAGGCAUAAGAGGCAAAGUGGUGAGCUCCAACUUACUGUUGCAGCCCUCCCUGAGCCUUCAAGUAUUGAAACUGAAGCAAAUGAUUACCAAGUUCCUGGAUCAGGUAGGGCACAAAGGGGUGCUGCAGCUCGUGCCAUGCAGGGGUGGCACGUCCAGCGUCUUAUUGGUUAUGGUGAAGUUGGUGAGCCUACUAUUAAGGACAAGAACUUCAAUAAUAUGCCGAAGCGUGAAAAAAGUCUCAAAAGCAUCGGUUCAGUAAAACACAAGAGACCAACAGAGGUUGAGCAUUCCGUGAAAGCUGCACGAACCGAAACAACUAAGCAGUUGGUGACAACAGUUGCUGAUGUUGGCCCCCCUGCUGAUUGGGUGAAGAUCAACGUUCGUGAAACUAAAGAUAGUUUUGAGGUUUAUGCCUUAGUCCCGGGGCUAUUGCGCGAAGAGGUGCGAGUUCAAUCAGAUCCAGCCGGCCGACUGGUUAUUACAGGUCAACCGGAGCAGCCUGACAAUCCCUGGGGUAUCACAGCCUUCAAAAAGGUGGUUAGUUUACCUGCAAGAAUUGAUCCGCUUCAGACAUCUGCGGUGGUUAGCCUGCAUGGUCGACUCUUUGUUCGUGUCCCUUUUGAGCAGUCAAAUAUCUGAUGAUAGUUUGAAUGGUUCCAAUAUUUAGGGAUGAGAUUAAUUAUUGAAGAUAUAAACAUUUCUAGGAAGGAUUGAAAGUAAGAAGAUCAGAGGAGCAUCAGCUAAUACCUUAUUGUUUGUGUUUGCAUUUUAGAAAUUAUUUUGAGAGGCAGUGGCUGUGCUAGAAUUUUAGAAAUUUGUUUGUGAAAUAAGUUUUAUGAACAAUGCAUGGGACUUCACCUAAUUUUAAUAAUUAAUUCCAAUUUUAAAAAGAAAAAACCUACUGCAACAACCAAACUA